AUGAAAUCUUCAGCAAUCAUAUCGAAGUUCUGCCAGCCGAGAGACGACCCUCUUAGAGUUAGCGGUCCCAAGCUCUCAAGAAGUUCCCUGAGCCCCGCUCGAAUACCACCCGUGGACCGCAUCGAUGCAACUGGCCUCAAUUCCGGCUCCGAGCUUUACUGGAAACGGUUUUCUCUGCAUGGUGCGGGGCCCGCGGAAGGACAGCCCUCGACAACUCUACCUACCAGAGAAACCAGACAGAGGACUCAAACAGCUCAACUUUGUGUCGUCACGUCACGCACGACUCGAAUGACUUGCAGCGGCUACAUCUCCUCGACCCUUUCGUGUGCAUGUAUUGACCAGGAAGAUUUUUCUAUUAUUCUGCAAAGCGGCCGCUUCCCCUCUUUGUUGAUUGCUGUUACAGGAUGUUCGAAUCGGUUCGGACUUCAUGGACUCCGUCUCACUUGUCUGUCCUUGCUCUAA